CGACUUUUCCACCCCCUGUAAAGUUCGCUGAGUUUAGCCACACAGCAAAUAUGUGACAGUCCGACACUGAGGACACAAAGAGGAACAACAUCCAACUACCAGCAGGUGCUCAAAAUGGCUCAGCAGCUGAACAAUGAAGAAGGGACCACGUUAGUUUCCACACACAAAGCUGCUGUGGAGCCAAGAUGUUCAAUGAUAUCUGCGUCUUUCAAUUUCAUCAAUUCCAUCAUAGGAUCUGGAAUAAUAGGUUUACCAUAUGCAUUGAACCAGGCAGGGCUCCCCUUUGGCCUUCUGCUGUUGAUAGUGGUUGGGUUCAUCACAGACUACUCCAUAAUCUUACUGAUUAAAGGAGGCAACCUGUCAGGGACAAACAGUUAUCAGUCGCUGGUGCAAAGCACAUUUGGGUUCCCUGGAUUUCUGAUUUUAUCUGGACUGCAGUUCCUUUAUCCUUUCAUUGCUAUGAUUAGCUACAACAUCACAACUGGUGACACACUGACCAAAGUAUUUCAGAGAAUAGCAGGAGUUGGUCCAGACCACAUACUUGCAGAGCGUCACUUUGUGAUCCUGCUAUCGACCCUUGUGUUCACUCUGCCGCUCUCGCUUUAUCGAAACAUAGAGAAACUUGGAAAGGUGUCCUUCCUGUCAAUGGUGCUGACAUUUACCAUCCUCAUCAUUGUAAUCAUCAGAGCAGCUACCUUUGGACCCCAAAUCCUCCCUACAGAGAAUGCAUGGGCAUUUGCAAAGUGGAAUGCAAUUCAGGCAGUUGGUGUGAUGUCUUUUGCUUUUAUAUGCCACCACAACAGCUUUCUUAUCUAUGGUUCUCUGGAGCAGCCCACACUCGCUAACUGGUCCCGGCUCACCCACGUGUCAGUCGGCUCUGCACUAAUAAUCAGUGCUGCCUUUGCUGUCGCUGGCUAUACCACCUUCACUGGCUACACACAAGGAGACAUAUUUGAGAACUACUGCAGAAAUGAUAACCUGGCAACAUUUGGUCGCUUCUGUUUUGGCCUCAGCAUAAUAACCACAUUUCCACUGGAGUGUUUUGUUACACGAGAGGUGUUAUCCAACGUCAUUUGCAGUAGGGAUCUUUCAAAAGCUGAACAUGUGGCCAUAACAAUACUCAUAGUUGCUGUUUGCACAUCAAUAUCUUUGGCCUAUGACUGUCUGGGAGUUGUUUUGGAGCUGAAUGGUGUUUUGAGCGCCACACCUCUGAUCUUCAUCAUUCCAUCUGCGUGCUUUCUCAAACUCUCCCCCGGCCGCUGGUUCCAGGGUGAAAACUUGAUACCCACCAUCCUGAUAUUUAUCGGCAUGUUUGUCAUGAUCACAGGUUUGACGAUGACGGGUCUCUACCCUCAAGACUGUUCACACGGUGUGGAGAUGUUCUACUGUGCAGACGCCAAUGUCACUGGCACUGUACCUCCUGUAUGAGAUCCAACAAAUAUUUAAUUCCUUAACUUUUUUUCUUUAGAAACAAAACUUAGAUGUAAAGAAUAUGUAUGCGGACACACCACCUACCUUCUAUGUACUUGAUGCGGUGCUCUUUUUUAUGGUUUGGGCUGUAGUCCUGUAGUUUGUAGUAGUAGUAGUAGUUUGAUGUGGGAGAACUUGAUCAGCCUUGCACAGUGCCCUUACUUCAAUCCUGUCAACAACACCUUUGAGAUAAACUGCACGUUGACUAUAAACCAGGCCUUAUUGCCCAAUGUCAUUAAUGUUCUUGAGGCAAAACAGGAGCAAACUGCUGCAGUCAGAUUUCAAAGUGUGGAACAAGAUGUACAACAAUCACAUUGUUAAAUGGUAGCUUCUGUAUUUUUCAGUCCACGUUCCCAUGUUUCUGUGUUUAAGUCACUAAUGGGAACAUUUUUUGAAAUUAAUCCACUAUUGAGCAAGAGGGCUACAGCCAGGCAACAAUGCAAUGCUAAUGGGCAAUUGAGCACCAUCAGUGUACGUCCACUUAAAGUGCUUGUUUUUGCCACUGACAGGCUCAGAUUGUUAUUUUAAGUGUCUGACAACAUCAUGGA